UCCACUGAGAGAUUAAAUAUAAAAAAUCAUUAUAGGAAAAAGAAAAGAUAAUAUUGUGGAUAUGUUAAGUCUUAACGAGAAGACAGAAGUCACAUGCAGAGGGAGACAUCUAAAGAACAGAGUUUUAACAAACCACAUCCACUUGCCACAACCCCCACCUCUCUUCUCUCUCUCUCUAAUCUCAACAUCGUUUCUAAUUCUAUUAUUCAUCAGAGAAAUGUUUUGUAUUGUUCUCUGAGAGGUAAAAUACAGAGUAGCAUUGGGCAGAGAUUCCUCUGUUCCCUCUGCCUCUUCGUCUUCUUCUUGGCUUAUCUUCUUGGUGUUUGUAAGAUUCUUCAAUGUACAUUUUCUGAAUCUUCUUUGCAAUGGCGUUCACAUUAAGCUUUGUCUGCGCCAGCUUUUUUGGAAUCUAAAUGUUGAUAAAAAGUUAAAACUGUUUUGGAAUUAUAUGAAAAUAUGGAAGAUGCGUCACUCUCGUUAUGGUUCUAUGGUGGUUGGCUGUUGAUGGAGAUAUAACAAAAAAGACUAUAACACACUGUCAAGUUCAGAUUCUCUUCCUCACUAAACUUCUUCAACUAAUCACAUGGCUGCAAAGCUUCUACAUACGUUGGCAGAUGAAAACUCUGAUCUGCAGAAGAAGAUUGGAUGUAUGAAUGGGAUUUUCCAACUCUUUGAUCGCCACAACCAUGUUCGUAAAAGUCUUGCUUUAGGUAAUGCACAUGUCAGUAGUAUCACCUUUGAAAGAGACUCUGCGUUUCAGUUUCAGGACACCAACAUCAUUAAUGCUACGAGCGAGAAACUAACAGAAUCAUCAAGGGUUUCUUUCUCAUCCUCGUGUUCAUCAUCUUCACUGUUGUCAUCUGAGCUCAACAGAGAAGAAACUCAACCUGAAAUAUCACCCUAUGACCGUGUCAUUUUUCCAGAGUCUCCCACGAGUGAUCCAGUGAUGAGCCGAGGAAAAGGGUUUGCCGCACAUAUGGGACUUGAUCUUAGAGAUGUUGUUAGAGACUCUAUGUAUAGAGAAGUCAGAGCGCUUUCUGAAGUUUGUAGACACAAGAGAAGAGAGGAGGAUUCUCCAAGACCUUAUGGUUUGAAGCACUCCACGCCUGUCGAUUUCAACGAAUCAUGCAAGGCUCUAGCCAAACUUAGGACAACAUCUCAGCGUUGUUACAACGAGGUUGACAUGAAAGAUGCAUCUCACAACAAGUUGAAAUCUGGGAAGAAGGUGAAAGAGUCUCCUAAGCUUUCUUUGGACAGUAGAGACCACGUUGAUCUCAAAGCUGGUGAUAGUAGGCUUAGUAGAAGCUCUAGCAUGAACAAACGGCCUCCUAGUGUUGUUGCAAAGCUAAUGGGUUUGGAAACGUUACCCGGUUCUCCAUUGGGCUCACCAAGAAGCUUGGGGAAGGGCAUAGCUUCUUCUUCUUCUUCUUCUUCUUCUCCAAGAUGGAGAAGCUCCGAGUUUGUUAUGAAACCCUUGUCUAGUUUGAGGUUCCCCACUGAGCCAGCUCCAUGGAAGCAAACUGAUAGAAGAAGCCUUAUUAAGAAAAAGCAAGCUUGCAAGCCUGUGUUGCAGUCAAUGGAGAGAAGGUUGAAAGGUGUUGAGUCUAAUCAUCCCAAAAAGGAUCUCAGAGCUCUUAAUGAGAUAUUAGAGGCAAUGCAGACAAAAAGUGUGUUUGGUUCUAGAAAGCAGCCGCAAUGCUCAAACUCAAGAGGUCUACAGAAUCAGGUGAUGCCGCCAUCCACUAUGAGAGGACCUAUUGUGAUUAUAAAACCUGCUAGACUUGUUGAGAGAUCUGGUAUUCCUUCAUCGUCUCUCAUUCCCAUUCACAGUCUAUCUGGUCUUAAUAGAGAAGAAGAAGAAUCUGUGCAUGUUAAAAGAAACUCAUCUAGUAAGAAGGCGGCAAAAGAACUUAGUAUCAGUUCUGGUGAUAGCAAAUCUAGUAGCAGAAACGUGCGGUCUUCUCAGGUUUACAAAGAAAGCACAAGUCCAAGACUGCGUCAUCAGGUGAAGAAGCAUGAGAAUGAAAAGUGUUCUCGGCCACCAACCACUCUAUCUGAUUCAAGCAUAUCAAGAAGACAAACAAACCGACAAGCGGAAGGAUCUACUACUAAUACUCCUGGUGGUAGGCGUAGACCCAGGGCUCAGAGGAGCUUGCAGCAAAAUAAUGACCAACAAUGUAGCACUGAAACAGAAGCCACCAUGAUAAUAAAACAAGCUACUGAAGCAGGUGAUGGAAAGAGUCCAACUGUAGUAGAGACAGCCAAAACCGUAGUCUCUAACUUAAUGCAGAAUAAGUCCAGUCCAAAGUUAAGUGAAGAUGGACUAUCGGAACAUCCAAGUCCAGUUUCUGUUCUCAACGCCUCAAUCUACAGAGAUAUCAAACCAUCUCCUAUGAAAAUACAAGCUACUGAAGGCACUAAGACUGAUCAUGUGACAGGUGGUAAUGGUCUUAUUGACCUGGGUGAUGAACAUUGCGAAGAUGAAGAGCAGUGGAAUCCAGCUUACAGCUUUUCAGAGGCAACAACAACAACCAUCUUUUCGCCAGAGAUAAACCGAAAGAAGCUUCAGAACGUUGAGCAUUUGGUUCAAAAGCUGAAAAGACUAAACUCUAGCCACGACGAAACCAGCCAAGACUACAUUGCAUCGCUAUGCGAGAACAAUGAUCCCAACACCGACAACAGAUACAUAUCCGAGAUUCUGCUAGCCUCGGGUCUUCUCCUCAGAGACUUAAGCUCAGAGUCAACGACGUUUCAGCUGCACCCUUCAGGCCACCCUAUCAACCCUGAGCUAUUCCUCGUUCUUGAACAAACCAAAGGAAGAAGCCGCAGCAGUAGCAGUAAUGAGAAGCUCAACCGCAAACUUGUGUUCGAUGGAGUUAACGAAACGCUCGUGGAGAAGUUACCUUUUAAAGAUCCAUGGAUGAAGAGGAAGGUGUUGAGCGCGCAACAGCUAUUGAAAGAAGUAUGUUCAGAGAUAGAAACAGUGAAAAAGCAAGCCGAGAAAAGAUCAGGUAACUUGUUGUUGUUGGAGGAUCAAGAAGAAGACUUCUUGAAAUGUAUAUUGGAUGAAGAUAUAGCUACUCCAUCUGAGAAAUGGACAGACUUUGAUGAUGUAGUACCUGGUUUAGUGCUUCACUUAGAGAGGCUUCUCUUCAAGGAUUUGGUGAAUGAGAUCGUGCAUGGUGAGAUUGGUCGGCUGCAACUAGUUACUGAUUCAUAAGCUCGUGUUUUUUAUCUCUGUAUUCUAAAUAUAUAAAUAAUACAAAGUCAAAUGUUAUGAAAACAUUACAACUUCUCAAUAUAAAAAAAGGCUAUUUACAACUUCA